ACUUACGUUGUGUGGCGCUAGGAAGUUCGUCACUGUUUGGAGUUCAGGCGCGUCUCGAGCUGUGUUUUCUGUUUAAUUUCAGGUGCGGUUCGAAUUUUGUUUAGGUUCAAAUCUGACUCGAAGCAGAAACUGUGAUCGCAAAUAUCGGCUUGGAUAAACAUAUCACCGAGGAUCUUGAUCAUAUUCAUUACUGGACCGGAGUCCAUUUAGUCAGCGUAACUUGUGUCGAGAUGAGUGUGGAGGCGUACGGGCCGAGUUCUCAAACGCUCACCUUCCUGGACACGGAGGAAGCGGAGCUACUUGGGGCUGAUACCCAGGGCUCGGAGUACGAGUUUACCGAUUUUACCCUCCCCAGCCAGACGCAAACUCAAGGCCAAACCCAGAGUCAGCUGGACAAUCAGGUGAAUGGUCCUGAUGAAGGGCUUCACAAUGGAGGAGUCGAUGAUGUGGCCAAGGCGAGCCAACUCCUUGCUGAGUUGAACUUCGAGGAGGAUGAAGAAGACACCUAUUACAUCAAAGACCUCCCACUGCAUGCCUGCAGUUACUGUGGCAUCCAUGAUCCUGCAUCUGUGGUGUACUGCAACACAAGCAAGAAGUGGUUCUGCAAUGGACGUGGCAAUACAUCUGGCAGCCACAUAGUGAACCACUUGGUGAGAGCCAAAUGCAAAGAGGUGACUCUGCACAAAGAUGGGCCACUGGGCGAGACGGUGCUGGAGUGCUACAACUGUGGCUGUCGCAACGUCUUCCUCCUGGGCUUCAUCCCCGCCAAGGCCGACUCUGUGGUGGUGCUGCUGUGCAGGCAGCCAUGUGCCAGUCAGAGCAGCCUGAAGGACAUCAACUGGGACAGCUCCCAGUGGCAGCCACUGAUCCAGGACCGCUGCUUCCUGUCCUGGCUGGUGAAGAUCCCCUCAGAGCAGGAGCAACUCCGGGCCCGCCAGAUCACAGCCCAGCAGAUCAACAAGCUGGAGGAGCUCUGGAAGGAUAAUCCCACGGCCACUCUGGAGGACCUGGAAAAGCCCGGCGUAGACGAGGAGCCCCAGCAUGUGCUGCUGCGCUAUGAGGAUGCCUACCAGUACCAGAACAUCUUCGGCCCCCUCGUCAAGCUGGAAGCUGACUACGACAAAAAGCUUAAAGAGUCCCAGACCCAAGAUAAUAUAACAGUCAGGUGGGACCUGGGGCUAAAUAAAAAGCGGAUUGCCUAUUUCUCCUUGCCCAAGACGGAUUCAGGUGACAUGCGGCUGAUGCAAGGAGAUGAGAUAUGUCUGCGCUACAAAGGAGAGCUGGCCCCACUCUGGAAGGGCAUCGGCCAUGUCAUCAAAGUCCCAGACACACCCUUUGUGAAAGACUAUGGAGAUGAGAUUGCUAUAGAAUUGCGCAGCAGUGUUGGAGCUCCUGUGGAAAUACCCCACAACUUCCAGGUGGAUUUUGUGUGGAAGUCCACUUCCUUUGACAGAAUGCAGAGUGCCCUGAAGACCUUUGCUGUGGACGAGACAUCCGUGUCAGGCUACAUCUACCACAAGCUGCUGGGCCACGAGGUGGAGGAUGUCAUCAUCAAGUGUCAGUUGCCCAAACGCUUCACUGCACAGGGCCUGCCUGACCUCAAUCACUCUCAGGUGUAUGCUGUGAAGACUGUGCUGCAGAGACCCCUCAGUCUUAUCCAAGGCCCUCCCGGCACUGGGAAAACGGUCACCUCUGCCACCAUAGUGUACCACCUCGCCAGGCAGGGCAAUGGGCCAGUGCUGGUGUGUGCUCCCAGUAACAUCGCAGUGGACCAGCUGACUGAGAAGAUCCACAUGUCUGGCCUGAAGGUGGUCAGGCUGUGUGCUAAAAGCAGAGAAGCCAUUGACUCCCCUGUCUCCUUCCUGGCCCUGCACAACCAGAUCCGCAACAUGGACAGUAUGCCAGAGCUCCAGAAGCUGCAGCAGCUGAAGGAUGAGACCGGGGAGCUGUCGUCCGCUGACGAGAAGCGCUACCGGGCCCUGAAGCGCACCGCUGAGAGAGAGCUGCUCAUGAAUGCAGAUGUGAUCUGCUGUACCUGUGUGGGGGCAGGAGACCCCCGUCUGGCCAAGAUGCAGUUCCGCUCCAUCCUAAUCGAUGAGAGCACCCAGGCCACCGAGCCAGAAUGCAUGGUGCCCGUGGUCCUGGGUGCCAAGCAGCUCAUUCUGGUGGGAGACCACUGCCAGCUGGGCCCAGUAGUGAUGUGCAAGAAGGCAGCCAAAGCAGGCCUGUCCCAGUCUUUGUUUGAGCGUCUGGUGGUGCUGGGCAUCAGGCCCAUCCGUCUGCAGGUGCAGUACCGCAUGCACCCGGCCCUCAGUGCUUUCCCCUCCAACAUCUUCUACGAGGGCUCCCUGCAGAACGGAGUCACUGCUGCUGACCGCAUCAAGAAAGGCUUUGACUUCCAGUGGCCACAGCCAGACAAACCCAUGUUCUUCUAUGUGACUCAAGGCCAGGAGGAAAUCGCUAGCUCUGGAACAUCCUACCUGAACAGAACUGAGGCAGCUAAUGUGGAGAAGAUCACCACCAGGCUGCUGAAGGCUGGAGCCAAGCCUGACCAGAUAGGCAUCAUCACCCCCUACGAGGGCCAGAGGUCCUACCUGGUGCAGUACAUGCAGUUUAGCGGCUCCCUCCACACCAAGCUCUACCAGGAGGUUGAGAUCGCCAGCGUGGACGCGUUCCAGGGCAGGGAGAAAGACUUCAUCAUCCUGUCCUGCGUCCGAGCCAACGAGCACCAGGGCAUCGGCUUCCUCAACGACCCGCGCCGUCUCAACGUGGCCCUCACCAGAGCCAAGUAUGGGGUGAUCAUUGUGGGCAACCCCAAGGCCCUGUCCAAGCAGCCUCUGUGGAACCACCUGCUCAACUACUACAAGGAGCAGAAGGUUCUGGUGGAGGGACCCCUCAACAACCUGCGAGAGAGCUUGAUGCAGUUCAGCAAGCCCCGCAAGCUGGUCAACGCCAUUAACCCUGGAGCCCGGUUCAUGAGCACUGCCAUGUAUGACGCCCGCGAGGCUCUCAUCCCUGGGUCUGCCUACGAUCGCAGCAGCGCAGGGCGUCCAUCCAACAUGUACUUCCAAACCCACGACCAGAUCGGCAUGAUUGGGGCCGGGCCAGCCCACAUGGCAGCCAUGAACAUGCCCAUUCCAUUCAACUUGGUGAUACCUCCCAUGCCUCCACCAGGCUACCUGGCCCAGGCUAACGGCCCUGCUGCAGGCCGUGGUGGGGUGCUGAAGGGCAAAGCGGGACGUGGCGGGCGCCAGAGGACCCGCGGAAUGGGGAACCACAGUGGCAGUGGGCAAAGCAAUGGGCCAAACAGCCAGGCCAGCCAGGACGUGUCUUCCCAGCCCUUCUCCCAGGGGCCACUCACCCAGGGCUACAUCACCAUGAGCCAGCCCUCACAGAUGAGCCAACCUGGCCUCUCCCAGCCUGAACUGUCCCAGGACAGUUAUCUAGGCGAUGAGUUCAAGUCCCAGAUCGACGUGGCUCUGUCGCAGGACUCUACUUACCAGGGUGAACGUGCAUACCAACAUGGUGGGGUGACUGGACUGUCACAGUACUAAAGUGUUGUUGGAAGAGGAGCUAGGCUUGAGCUGAGCUUAGUUCAUCAGCAUUUUAAUCUGGGUAAUAAUAAAUAAAAAAAUGGAUACCUGUUUUCCUCUGCUACAACUGAAGCACCACCGUGUGAAAUCAACGGGAGAGAGAAACCAACCAAUCACGAGAGAGAAAGAAAGCGAUAGAAAGGAAGAACGGACGGCCAGGAAGAGCGAACGAGUGGGAGUGAGGGACCACUGCCGGCACAUGGGGACAAGAACGAGAGGAAGGCGACGGCAGGCGGUCGAGCUGUCGUGAGGAAGACUAAACGAGAACGAAGAAACAAAAUGAGGCACAACUCCCAAUGAAAGAUGCCCACCCACCCCCCUCUCAACCCCUUCCC